AUGUCGUUGAAGUUCAUGUCGACUAAGAAUCCAAAGGCGAUGAUGCGCGCAAUUGUAGAUCAAAUUCUCACUGGACACGACAAAGAGGCCGCGCUUCGAGACGGAAAAUUGAUAUCUUUAAGAGUCAAAAAGCUAACAGAAACGCUUACAAAUCUUCAGGCGGAACAACUAAAUACUCAGCAAGAGUUGAGAAGGGAAAGAGCAAAGGCACAGGAAGAGCAGUGGACACAGGAGGAUAUUGAUAAGAUGGAGGCGAAAUAUAAGACGGAAGUUGAGGAGAAUAUAAAGAAGCAGACUGACGCUGAUACGGAACGAUCUGAACAACAAACAGAAGGCAGAAAGAGUGAUGAGAAGUUUAAAGAACUCUUGGAAGAUGCGCAUAAGAAGAAAAAGUAA